AUGAAAGCUUUCAUUUUUUCAUUAUUUGUCUUAGCACUUUUAAGUUCUCAAGUGGAUGCGCAACGGACUUGCAUGCCAGGAAGGCCAAGUGGCGUAAUGAAUGUUUGCAGACAAAGAGGAAGCACCAACUGUUCAAGGGUUGAAAGUAGAAAUACUUGCAUCAACCUUGUUGGAGGCCCAUUUGUGUCAGGAUUCGCUGGUCAGGUGCCUCGAUGCACAAUUUUUGCAAAUGAGGGCUGCAGGGGAAGUGAGGAACGGAUCACCAGCAUCAGAGCUAAUUUCAGUUUUCCUGCAAGAUCAGUUCGAUGUCCAUGUGUUUAA